CGGCGCGGCUUCCGGUCGGCGGGACGCGGACCAUGGCGCGGAGGAAGGUGCGGCCGCGGCUCAUCGCCGAGCUGGCCCGUCGCGUGCGGGCCCUGCGGGAGCAGCGGGAGCGGCCGCGCGACUCGCAGCGCUACGCGCUGGACUACGAGACGCUGACGCGGCCGCACUCGGGCCGCCGGCUGCCCCCGCGCGCCUGGGCCGACGUGCGCCGCGAGAGCAGCCUGCUGCAGCUGCUCAGCCGCCUGCCGCUCUUCGGCCUGGGCCGCCUCGUCACGCGCAAGUCCUGGCUGUGGCAGCACGACGAGCCGUGCUACUGGCGCCUCACGCGCGUGCGGCCCGACUACACGGCGCAGAACUUGGAGCACGGCAAGGCGUGGGGCGUCCUGACCUUCAAAGGACGCACGGAGACCGAGGCCCGCGAGAUCGCGCAGGUCAUGCACCACGACUGGAGGCUGGUGCCCAAGCACGAGGAGGCGGCCUUCGCGGCUGUCAGGCCGGCGCCGCCCGAGGACGCCCCGCAGCUCGUGCCCUACCCGCCGCUCCUCCGGGCCAUGAUUCUAGCGGAGCGGCGGGAGAGCGGGCGCGCCGGCGCCGAGGAGCCCAUGCUGAACGUCGGGAGGACGCGGGAGCGGCCCUGGGACUACCCGGCUGCACUGGAGGCGCGGAGAAGGGCCAGGGCCGCCGCGGCGUGAGGCGCCGGAGCGGGCGGGCCCCCCGGGAGCCUGCGUCCGACCCCCACCCCAGCGACGAGGCCGGGCCCCGUGUCUUCUCUUCCCUCCGGCCCCCGGCGCUGAGACGGCCGCUGGCGGUGAGGCCGCGGCCGGCGGGCGGGCCGUGUGCAGCCCCCGCGCCGACGCCGGCCCUUCCAGGCCCUUCCGCGUCCCUGCGGCGUUUGGCGUCUGCCGGGCGUAGGGCAGAGCGCGCGCGAAUAAAGGCAGAAGCAGUA